AUCGUGCACGCCCUCUCUGCGCGCGGAUGGGCCAUGUCGACAGUGACGUUCCGGUCAUGGAGCCUCCGAACGGUGCGAAGCCGUCCAGGAAGCGAAAGCGGCCCAAGGUUCCUGAACAGCAACGACAGCGAGCAGCUGUAGCGUGUGGCUCAUGUCGAAGAUUAAAAGAAAAGUGUAAUGGAAAGAUCCCUUGCGACCGAUGCCAAAAGUAUCACCGCGUCUGCGAACCUGCGUCCGUGACACAGAGCACUACGGCUCCCAGCCAGAAGACUGAAGGUGAGGGCUUAGAGGUUUCGGCCCGUCGUGUUCAGCACCUGGAAUAUGUCGCUCGCCACUUCUUGGGUGAUAACUCGCUCACAGACGAUGCUUUGAGCAAGAUCGUGGCCAGACUAGAAUCCGAGAAUAGCGCUUACACUGCUGGACAGCCAUCAGACGAUCCCGAAGCGCCGGCAUUGGAUGAAGAGCGAUUCACGGUACAGAAUGUGUCGCCGAACACAACGCACUACUCCGGAGAGUUCUCUCACUGGAGUUUUUCCAUGAGAUUGAAAUCGUAUGUGGAGCAGCAAUUACAGGUCGCGAAUGGUCGCAAAACCGAAGACCAAUUCCAAGUACUCGACUACUGGAGAGCACACCAUCUCAAAUCCCGGGACUCACGAAUGAAGACCGUUCUCGACAGUCUGCCUCCAAAGGAAGUUGCACUGUUCCUUAGUUCGGUCUACUUUCGUUUUGCGCAGACGAAUACAUUCUUCGCGGAUGAGGGCUGGAUCCGCGAGAAGCUCGACACGCUCUAUCAGCAGAACAUCGUUCUCAACGCGGACGACGCAUGUUGGCUCUGCAGUACGCUAAGUGUAUUGGCAGUCGGAACGCAAUUCGCGCACAUGCCUCAAGCUGUAAGCGGGCAGAGUGAGAACGGCAUCGAGACUGUUGCAGAUGCAGUUGGAAUCUCCUUCUACCAAAUGGCCGCGGAUCUUAUUCCUGAUGUUGUGGCGAUAGCGAGCGUAGACAGCGUACAGGCGUUUUUGUGCUUGGCUCACUUCGCCUUGCCCAUGGACGCGCAUGGUGUAUCCUACACAUACCUCGGACUUGCGUUGAGAAUGGCGAUACAGAAUGGUAUGCACCGCAAAUACCUCGGAAAUGAAUUUGACGAACACACUUUGGAUCUGAGAAAUCGCCUAUGGUGGAGCACAUACCGAUUGGAAAAGCGUGUGAGCAUUCUUCAUGGCCGGCCAUCAUCCAUCUCCUCGAGUGAGAUUGACGCGGAUCACCCUGCAGACGUCAUGCAACCAGGGAAGCCAGCUACCGGGAACAGACAAUUCGAAAGCAGCAUGACGAAGAUAACAGAUUGGUUAGGAGAUAUGUCUUUUUUGGUUUUCAUGCUGAGGAAAAGUACACGCCUACGACAUACAUACUUUGAGCGACUACUACAUGUGAAAGGACAAUUCCUGGAGUGGUGGAACACAGCUCAAAUACCAGAUUUCGAAUCUGCAACAACUCGAGCCGUCUUACACCUGCAUUUGUCCAAGCACAUGAAUUUGGUAUUUGUGGGCCGCCCAUUCCUGUUGAACAAGGCGAAGACCAACACGAAAACUCCCGAGCGCAGUGGGCAAGCGGAAGUCAAUCAGCGAUGGACUGAAUUGGCUGACGAUGCGGUUCGAUCCGCCGAGCAAAUAAUCACAAUCGAACAGCACAUGCAUGGAACAAUUGGGCUGGCAAAGGCGAGUUGGACUGAAUUUAGUUCAUGCCGAGCGGCCGUGCUAGUGCUUCUUGCACAGUGCUUACACGAAUCAUCGGAACAUGUGCUAGGCGUUCUGGAGAACGGUAUGCAUCUAAUUCGAUACAUGUCGACUGCCAACGCCUCCACGCGUUCAGAAGCAUCCUUGAUGGCAUCCCUCGAAACCGCUAUUCGUCAUUUGCAUACACGGAGAGGGCAGAGCGCCUCUCAGGAGGUGACUGAGACACUCAACAACUUUAAGAAGUGGGCGUCACAUUUUCAAGGGGAGACACCAGAGCCAACAGAAGGACUAUUCGAUCCUCUGCCCACGCACAUGGCAGCUGCUGUCGAUAUGUACGACACUUUUGGAGACUUGGACUGGAAUCCUUUCGACGCUUCACUUUUCGACGACACCCCUAUCGAUUUUGGGGAACUUGGCAUGCAUCACUUCGAUGAGGCUUUCAGUAUUGCUGAUAUGCAACCACCAACGGCGCCGCCAUAACUCGUCCCAACUUCUUGGCAUAGCUCAUUGAUCUCGCUGGAAGGCCAAGAUCUUUAGCACUUGCAGGCAGAGGGUCAUUUGCCCGCAGAGACGGGGCUCCAUUGCACUUCAAUCUGGGCCUUGAUAACUUCGUUCCUUCGUCGAACUAGAAGGGCACUGCUCGAUUGAGCAAUGAUAAGCUAGGUGGAUAUUGUGUCGCCCGAUAGGCCGGGAUGGGACACCGGCCCGAUGGGCCAUGCA